CGAGGCAUUCUGAGGGUUGGAGUAUCAUGUCUGGUCGGGGCAAAGGUGGUAAGGGCUUGGGGAAGGGGGGUGCUAAGCGCCAUCGUAAGGUACUUCGUGAUAACAUUCAAGGUAUUACGAAGCCGGCUAUUCGUCGUUUGGCGCGCCGUGGUGGUGUAAAGCGUAUAUCCGGAUUGAUCUAUGAAGAAACCCGAGGAGUACUUAAAGUGUUUUUAGAGAACGUCAUUCGUGAUGCUGUCACUUACACUGAACACGCUAAGCGGAAGACUGUGACUGCUAUGGAUGUGGUCUAUGCUUUGAAACGCCAGGGUCGCACUCUCUACGGAUUCGGGGGCUAAGUUUCCAUUCCGCUUCGAAGUUGAAACAUUCUCAGAAACACAAAGGCUCUUUUAAGAGCCACCCACACUUUCACGAUGAGAGCUCAAGCGCUAAUGGUCU